AUGGCGUGGAGGGGGCUGAUAUCGCGGAACCUGAAGGAGUUGCGGUUCCUCUAUUGCCAGACGUCUCCAGCGAGCGCUUCGACCCGGUAGCUUCUUCUUCUUCUUCUCUCUCUCUCUCUCUCUCUCUCACUCUCAUCUCCGACGUCUCUCUCCGUCUGCGCUUCUUCCGAUGGUGUAGUUCUCUUGACAUUUUGUGCCGUGGAUGCUGAAUGCAGGGAAUUUGUGCAGAGGAAUUACAAGGACCUGAAGACGCUAAACCCUAAGUUCCCCUUUCUGAUCCGGGAGUGCAGCGGCGUAGAGCCUCAGCUCUGGGCGAGAUACGGUAACAGAACCGGACUCCCGCCUUAAAUUUUUACACUGUUCAUAUAUUAGAUAUUUCUAUUAGAUCCCGUCCAGAUGCCGUACUGCGCAAAUCUGCACGCUGGGUGAUUAAUAAUCAAAAUAGAAAUGUAUAACUCUGGGUAGAUUGCUACAGAGAUGAAACACGAUUUUUUUUGUUUUCUCUUCGCGUGCUUUUUCCUUUUCUUGAUUGAUUGCGUUACUGCCUCAUGCCCCUUGACGUGAAUAGAAGACUAUCCUCACAUUUGUGCCACAUGAAAUGUCGACCAUUAUCGACAUGCACGCAGUUAGAAAUGCCUUGAUCUCACUAAUUUGGGUGCACAACGUAAAAUAUUAUUUUAUUAGAUUGUUGGCUUUCUCACGGAAAAAAUCUUUUUUCAGUUGUUUCUUCAAAGACUUGAUUUGAAAGCAACGUAUUGACUGAGACUUGCUGUAUGCUUAGUUAUGUUGUGUGACAAUGUAUCGGUGCCAGCAGUUUUGAACCGUUUAGAUGGGUACUUUCCCACAGUCAUUGCAAUUUGUCCUUGUUGCUUAGUGCAUUUUUGGGUAGAAUGCUGCCGUCAGAGUGUAUUCUGCUUGUAGGUUUUGAGAUGUGCCUAGAUGGGUAUUUUUGGCCCCAAGAUUCUUGCUUUGGUCACUAUGGAAGCAUGGAUGGUUGGCGUUUUGGUCACCUCGAGUACUUCGUUGACAUCCUCAUUUAAGGAAAAAAAUCGAAAAUUGACAUGCGAAUACGAAACUAUUUCUUCUUCAUCAAAUAUCGAUAUUAAAACAAUGACAUUUACAUUAUGCCAGAUGAAUCAUUGAAAAUGGGGGAAAAUGUACAUAUUAGAUGACACAAAAUCUUGUUACGUUGCUUUGAAUGAACUCAUCGCCUACCUCACUUGACUGAGCAUAAUGUACUUUUAUCUUUGAGGUCAAUGACUUAGUGUAAGCUAUUAACAUAAAUAAUGUCAUUCCUUAACAAAACACUGGCCAAGAUAAUGAAUCUCUCAAAAUGAGCUAUCCAUAGCUCCCUUUGAGGUAAAAACUGUUUCUUUUUUGACAAAAUGUUAUACAUCAGAGCUUGAAGCUAGUUCAGAUGGCAUAAAGUUUUUGAUAGGUGCAUAUGUGAAGAGAUUGACAUGUUUUAAGUUUAUGUGUGUGAAUCAUUCUGGACUGUUGGCUAUCAAGUUAGAUUAAGAUAAAAUUACUAUGAUUUUUAAAAGAUGGUACUUCGUUGGAAGCUUUGGCUUCAAUUAGGUAGGCAUCAUGUCCUGUUACCAAUGUCAUAAAGCACUGGGCUCCACUUUUUCUUGCCGCGGUGACUUCGCUGCAAUGAAUCAGCCGAAGUGGAGGAUCAAUAUCAAGCUCUCGCUCUAUCUAAUUCUCUCUCCAGACUGGGCAUCAAAAUGACAAAAUUAUUCUGUAUCUGGACAUUAUGGGCAGCGGGAGGCUUGACUGUUUCCUAAUAUUUAUAAACUAGGAGAACCACUUAUUAAUGUUACAGUUGCUUUGUUUGAUCAUGUUGGUGUUUUGAUCAAAAGCCUAAUCAAUUAAGGACUACCAGCUUCCAUAGGAGUGGCGCAUCUUCACUAUUUUGGAGUAGACAGAGUGAGAGAUUGCUAACUGCUGUGCUGUGUCUUAUUGUUUGAAGAGACCUUGGUAGUGUUUGGGGUAGUGGGUGUCUACGAACCAUAGAUAGAGGAUGCUGACUGUUGGAAGAGAUGUUUCAUUGCAAGAGGCAAUGGGCAAAGGUGAACGAAACUGAAGUCUGGACUUAUUGAAUUCCUUGUUGUAGAAGAAACCUAUUGGAAGCAAAGCUGAAGAAACAGAUUAGCGGAGGGUGGCAGCACCUUUAUACUAUGACUUCUGGAAGGAGGGAUGAAAAACAAUUAGAAUACCAAAGAAUGAUGGUUACUUUCUUAGAAAGCUGGGGUCAAUAUGGAUGUGGAAUGGUUAGAGCACCUGUAUGCUGAGGAAGGUACCUGAUACGAUCCUCUUUAGUCGGGGCGAAUUGGGUGGGAAAUCAAAUUGUAUUGAUCAAGCUAACUCGCAAAGGAUGUUAUUCCAUGUGAUCGAUGAGUUGGGAGUACCUAUUGAUAGAAGAGGGGGGCACUAAGUGAUAAAAAACCGAAGACAUGUUGAAGUGAAAGCACUCUUCCUUUAGCAUUUUAGUGUUAUCGGGUUUUUUUUGUAAAGGAACGUUAGCUGAUUCCAUCAUUUCCCAAGAUAAAAGGGCUCUCCUAGAAUUUCUGAACCAGGAUGCACAAAUACAUAUGUUGGAUAGGAUUUGGACGAUCUGAGCUGAUUUUGAAUUCAUAAUUGCCCUUCAAAGGGGGAAUAAAAGAUCAUUUCAUAGCUGUUCAGAGGAUUGCAACUAGUUCUGAAUGCUCACCUGUCAUCCUUAGGGUUCUGCUUCAGGAGUACAUCAUGGCGUUUACUACUCAGUGAAUUGGAGAAGGCUCGGUAGAUUCUGAGUGGCUUUUGCCAACUAAGAGGUCGUUUACUCUUAGGUAUUUGAUAACCGUAGGCAAACCUUUGAGAUCUUAACAGAGCAGCUGUAAAUAAAUCGAGACUAUUUGAUAUACGCGUCGUAGAUACACUUUUAGGGCUUGUGUCAUCUUCUUGGACAGAAUGCUGCGUGCAGUGGUCUCUAUCUUAGAUGGAUUUAAACGGGAUGACCAUGCCCACUCUCUUUCCUGUAUUUCCCCAAUGAAACACACUAUUCUCGAUUUUCCUUCUCCAUUCGGAUGAGUAUUACUUUGUUGAUCCCAUAAAUGCACUGAUUCUGGAAAUCAAUCUUUUUCCAUUUCCCUCGAGGAGGUUUAACGGAAUUCUUACUUUACUGAUUCAUUUAAUCUGGUGUUUCAACUGUACCAAGAGUCUGAUGUGUUUUCAAGGAUCUGGGCAUGAUUCUUGGGAUUUAGAUAGAAUGUGUCGGCUAUUGACCAUCUUCUCAGCAGAGAAUAAUUAAACUCGUCUAUGGAGAGGACUUUUAUCGUGUCAGCUGAUUCUAUUAGCUCGCAGAUGAUGAUCUAGUUCUAGCAUAGUGGUGGUCCAGGUUUUAUCGUUAUCUUACUCUGAUGUCAUUCUAGAUUGGGUGAAUAUCGUGACUUGGCUCGAUCGUGCAGCUAGUUAAGGUUUUUCUAUUUUAUCAUAUUUAAUUCCAGUCGUUCUUGCAGUGUGAAUAAUGGUCAUAUACACGUUUCUACUUCUUGUUCUGUACAUAUUUUUUGUGGCGCUGUAUUCAUUUCACAUGUUUUCUGGGUUUCUGCUGCUUCAUUUUUGUAUGUAUCUAUCUUCUUAUCUCUCUCUCUCUCUCUCUCUCUAACCUGGUGAUUUGAUGUGAGAAACCAGACAUGGGCGUGGAGCGAUGUGUUCGCCUGGAUGGGUUGACGGAAGCCCAAAUCGCCAACAAGCUAGAGGAGCUCGUCAAAGCUGGGGCGUCGGCAGUCUAG